AUGGCGGCAAAGGCUGACCAAACAGCACUCGGCUUCUUCAAAGUACACAGAAUUAUAAAAGCUGAUCAGCCUGCAGAAGGGAGGGGAAUGCACAUCCUGUACAAGGACGUGCAGUCGUGCCAGGACGAGGACGUGCACGUCCUCUGGUCCAUCCUCAUCGACUCGCACCGCCACCCGGCUGUCCUCAAGCUCAAGCUCUGA